AUGACCGCCGUGUGGCUGAUGGCUGACGCUAGGCUGCCCGAAGAGUCAACUGCUAAGCGCCGUUCACACGACCCUCGAACCGAGUCGACCAAUGGGCCUAGACCGUCGACUUACAUCAUUACUCGGCGCGGGAAACCAUCAGAGCAAGUUCAGCACCGCCGACCGCGCCGCAUAUCACCACCAACACCACCACCAGUAACCAUUGCGAGCUUGGAAAUGAGCGUGCACUGGACGUGCGACUUGGGCUCAGGCCAGACGGCACACCAAGCUUGCUACUCGGACCUGAUGGUCCCAAGCAACGACGCCCCUGGAGGCACAUCCCCGAACCCAGACCUGUUGAUGAUGCUGCCGCUGCAGGGCACCUCCAGUGCUGCGGGCACAGGCGACGACGGUUCCGGGGGUAAGCAGAAAGAUGGAGUGAGACUUCAGGGCCCUAAAUGA